CAGUGAUGCGAACCACUGAAAGAGCUCCAUGAAAACAGCGAGGGAAAGAUACUGAUGUUAUUGAGAGUCAAAAGAAGCGACUGUUUCUGUUCUGGGCGCUUGAAGGAGACGCUAAAAUCACUGAAGUCAUCUAACGGCGCCUCCCAUUUGAGGAGCAAAGACGCCCGAGAGCAGCAUGGACAGUUCAGAAAUCAGAGGGCAAAGGCAUGAGUGAAGAUGACCUUAAAAGCAGCCAAAACAUGGUUUUUAAGACUCCUCCCGGUUGUGCUUUUCUUCAUCUGCUACUAUUGCUCCCAGUUCUACUUUGAGAGCUAUGGAGGCAGCGGAAAGUCCCCUCUGCCCACUGUUUCUCUAUGUCACAACUAUCGCUUGCAGAGGAAGUGGGAGAGUCUAAAAUUAAACAUGAGCCGAAAGACUGAGCUCUUUCUAAAGCUGGGGGAUUUCUUCUGGCGGGAACAUGUGUCAGCUGAAGCUCUGCCCUAUGGUAUUAAAGGCAGCGAGCUCCUGCUUCUGAAGGUCUUGGCAAUGACUUCCAGCUACACAAUGCCAGCAAACAUUGAGAGCAGUUUAGAUUGCAGGACGUGUGCAGUCAUUGGAAACGGCUUUUCCAUAAAAAACAAUUCACUGGGGGAGAUCAUUAACAAAUACGACGUGGUGAUCAGGCUGAAUGAUGCGCCGGUCAGAGGCUAUGAGGAGGACGUGGGUAACAAGACCACGUUACGUCUGUUUUAUCCCGAAUCUGCCUCCUAUAAUCCUGGUAUCCACAAUGACCCAGGCACCCUGCUGGCCCUGGUUCCUUUCAAGCAGCAGGACCUCCGCUGGCUCAAAGAGAUCCUGUAUGAUGAGAAGAGGGUCCGAAAGGGUUUCUGGAAGCCUCCUCCCCAGAUCUGGCUCGGCCGGGCCAGUCAGAUCCGUGUUCUGGACCCAUAUUUCCUUCGCCUGACAGCCAGCAAGCUGCUUCAGAUCAUUCCCCUGCAACCGCGCAGACAACAGAAACUAGUCCACCCCACCUCUGGCAUUCUGGCUGUAUUUGUGGCACUGAACUACUGUGACGUUGUGCACGUGGCUGGAUUCGGAUAUCCAGAGUCCAGGAACCAGAAACAGCCCAUCCACUAUUACGGAAAGGAGACAAUGAAAUCCAUGAAGAAUUCCUACCAUGAUCUCAAUCAAGAGGCUCUCGUGCUUAAGAGACUUGAAGACCAGGGAGCUAUUUUAUAUCUUCAUCCUCAUUCCUGACACCCAACAUGAACACAUGUAAAUAAAAACACAUAAACGCAUGUAAAUACGACAUUAUAGACAAUAUCUUCAUCUUUGGACUGAACUGAAAUAUCCAGCUCUCACACUGCAGAGCUGUUAGUAGUUUUUGUGAGGUUUCUGCAUUUCUGUGUGAUUCAAUCAUAUUUAUCUGACCUCGAGUAUUUAUAAUUAAUGAAUAUUUUCUGCUUAUUGUUUUGCUUUCUUUCGGGAACUUUAA